AACAACACUUAACAACAACGACGACAGCGACAACGACCGAGAGAAGCAUCUUGCUUUCGGCCACAACGGCCACCAUUUCGGAUGUACUAACAUAAGCAGGGAAUCUUCUAUUUCUUCUUCCUCUUCUUCGUUUUCAUCGGGCGCUCUACCUACUAGUAGCACCACACCAGCAGUUCUGCUGGCUGCUGGCUGCUGAUUGCCCAUCUAUCGAGGAUCGAGCCAACGAAGUCAAUUCUCUCAAGGGUCUUUCCACGGCGACAGAAUUAUCGCCCAAUUUCUCGUUCUAUUCGUUGCGAUGCCACCAUCUAAACUCGCCAUGGCACCGGCGAAGCACACCACUCCCGUCAAGCGAGCACCAGUUGUGACGGACAGCCCUGGCAACUGGAAACACCCUCGACUAGCAGAGAUCACCAGGCGACAAGGCAGAACAGUCUUCUCGGAAAAGAAUGUCAAGACUAUCGCCUACAAUUUCGCAACUCUGACUCUUCUCUGGGUGUUGGGCCUGGUAGUCAAACUGAAUGUGCCGUCCGGGCUGUUGAAUGCGUCAUUGAAAGCAUACAUUUCUUGGGGUUAUAUGUUGCUUCAAGCCAUCCCCCUUGUCAACAUCGCCCUUGCGCUGCUGCCGCUCGCCCGCCGACAGGACGACCUAUCCGACAUCCCACUCACGCCGGCCCAGAGGAAGCUCCUGGGGCUCCCGCCGAACUCAGCACCGCCAACGCCAAACUCGGCCUACAGCACGCCACCUCGAUACUCUAGAACGCCAUCCCUGGCAGGGUCGGCGGCCAGUAACAAGAGCUACAACAGCUCUCCUCUGUCUGGCAAUGGAAGUCCCGCAUCGGAAAGACGGCAUGGUGGCUCGCCCUAUUCACCUGCCAGUCCGUUAUUGCAGAAGGCAGUAACUGGUGGCAUGGGCGGAGCUAGGAGACCUUCGUUCGGAUCCGCCAGCCCACUUGGCGCAAGUACGGCAGCAAGCCUGUUCGGCGACAGCCCCGGUACACCAAGCCCCGCUGGAGGCAAGAGGUCCAGUGUUGGCCUCAACAAUAAGUGGCUGUACGAGAAAGGGAGGAGGACAUCAAGCAGCGCAUUCUUGCAUUGACCGGAGGGGUCAAGUUGGAGAUGAUGGCAGGGGUAAUUGACUUUUGAUACCUUAUGAUGCUAUGCGAAGUGAAGAUUUUAAUGGACAAGACAUGUAUGAAAUGGCAUGGCUGGGAGCAUUUUAGAUGGAAGCUCCGGCUCGAGGGAACCAGAGUGGAGUUGUCUUGGCCUACAUUUACCGUAAGUGUUGGCUUGAGCAAAUACUGGUGUCCCAGGGAUCAGGGCGUCUGAGAGACCGCAGGGUUCAAGAUGCGAAGGGCCGUUCAAUGGGCCAGAUCCCACCAACAAUGUACGUAUUUUCCGUGGCUAGCC